UACUGAUUAUAAAGCAUUAAAAUUAGCCAUGAAAUUGAUCAGCAAAGUUUGCUUACAUUCAACAUUAAAUAAUGCACUUUUGAUGUUCAUCCAACAGUCAUGGCAACAUAUUCAGGAAAAUGUUAUUUCACUAAAAUAUAAAACUCUCGUUAAAAUAUUGAAAACCCAAUUAAAAUCAUCGAAAAGGUGUGAUGGAAUUUUUCUUUUGUUACGUAUCGGCUGUUUUAAUACAGACUUACAUGCUAGAUAUCCAAUUUUAAACGGUCGUGAGGAAAUAUUUAUAAAAAUAAUAUUGGAAAUGACACAUUUUUCUCUCCCUCAAUCUUACCAUGGCGAGUUGAGUGCAAUCUAGCAGAAGGGUCAGGGGCAGCUUUUCAUAUAAAUCUUGAGGUCAAAAACACCUUUCACAUGUCAGCAAACCGAUUUCAGUUCGAUCAAGAUGUUGGCAUUCGAUGCCAUGCUUUUCAAUAUUGUAUGAUUAUCCUACAGUCACAAGUCACAACAACGAAACCGAUACCAAAUCGAUCGAUGGUGUCCAAUUGGAAAUAACGUAAUAAAUUGGAUUGGUCUAGACUGUAGAGUCGGUAUUACGUGUGACUGCGUCUUCAGCGCGACUGGGAUAUUCAACUGCUCGCCAAUCAUAUAGUGAAGCCCACAAAUCACCACCUUUUCUCCAAAUCAAAACAAAGUAUAUCGUGCUGUCUAUAACUAGUUUAGUGUCGAGGUAAAUACUUAAUGAAGCUUCUACAGUAUUUCCAAUAAAUUUUAUUUGUACUUUAUAUUUGACUGACCAGGUCUUCUCCUGCACGCAUGCAUUAGAUGAACCUUUUGCAGGCUAGGGGGUAUGUUUUAUAGAAAUCAAAAUGUCUGGUCUUGUGGUUCUCGUCGUAUCGUCUUUGCUGUUGGGAUUUGCCAGAUGUCAGUGUCCUAGCCCAUGGGAGUUUAACCCCCUGUAUCCGGGUUACUGCUAUUAUUACAACUUCUUUCCAGUGAGUUGGAGUUUCGCUAACCAAAUUUGUCAGUUUCUGGAAGGAGGUGAUUUGGUGUCCAUUGAUGACAGCCAGGAAGGAAUGGCGAUAUAUGAAUACUGGGGAACGAUUACGACUAAUCCAUCUCUGGGUUACUGGAUCGGAUUGACGGAUAUCCAUGGAACCGGUUUGGGAAGAACCAAAUGGACCGACUGGACGAGCAUCAAAGGGAGGACAAACUGGCAAGGAGGUGUUUGGCCAAACGAUACCAAUGUAAACUGUGUCUAUGUCACCAAUGAGGGCGCUAGUGAUGACGAACGCCGACAAUGGAAAGCGGCAUCGUGCGAAAGUGUUCUGAAACCGGCAAUUUGUGAAAGAAAAUUGAUUAUAAAUUAAAUAAUAAUAAUACAUGAGAUUUGUAUAGCGUACUUUCCAACUUGAUUAGAUGCUCAUGGCGCUUCGGAGCAGAACAACAGCAAAAGCUAUCUACAUAAUACAUGUCUAAACAAUGUCUAUCAAAAAGCACUGAGAUAUGUUUUCAGUUUGCCCUUGAAGGUGGUCACUGAAGUAUGGGUUUUCAAACUCUGUGGAAGUUAAUUCCACAGGUUAGGCCCUGCAUGAGCAAAGGCCCGUUCCCCGCAUGAUUUCUUAGCAACUGGAAUUCGAAAGAGAUUAGAAGUUGAGGAUCGUAAGGUUCUUGAGGGUUGGUAAUUACGCAUCAAAGAUAAUGAAGCUAUGCGGAUAUCCGCUUCUUCUUAUUGGUUUUGUUGUGUACAGCCUAAUGACUUAAUACCGAUGUGUUUGUUGUAGUUUGCAGGGGAGAUUGCGUACAGGUGCCAAUGCUCUUGAAAUACAAAUCAUGUAAACGUAAAAUGGGAAGGAGAGGGGGGGGGGGGUCUGGGAUGAAUCUGGGUCGGCUGGCCUAUGUUCGAUUUGGAAACCUUUGAAGACAAUACAAAGGUGAACAACCUACAAACACCUUCAGUGACAUCGUAGCCAAUACUCACAAACACAAACAUGAAAAAUAGCAUCCUUGGAUCUGAUGAUGCGGCCUGUUGUUGAUGAUUUGGUUAUUCAUUUACAUUUUAUAUUUUUAACUUUUUUGGUUUACCUCUUGACAAUG